AUGCCUGAUGGAAUUACGUUGGACCUCCUCAAGAAGAACGAUCACUGGAUAGUAUAUAAGGAGCUUGAUGAAUCUGCUAAUGCUGAGCCCACUCUCAUGAUUUAUGCUGCAAGAUUCCUGUCGUUCGAUUCAAGCUCAAAUUCUAUCACUAUACAGGGACUUGACCAUAACACCCGAAAUAACUCGUGGGUUCUCCCUCCUAAGAAGGAGAGAGCCUUAACCGUGAAGACGAUUUCUAUUGACAGUAGUCGUGUUGGUAUGUACGGUAACGAAGAAGUUGACUAUGGUGAUGAUGACAGUAUUUCAUCCUCUUGGGAUGAUACUGCUCAAACGUCGGACACUCAUCUCUUUCAGACGGCAACGAGUCUGCCCAUUGGUGACACGGAUUGGUCAUCCACUAACCCUUAUGGGAACUCCCUUGAAUUGCAUAGGCCCGAGUGGACGACACAGUAA